CCUGCUAAGAGCUAUGGUGGGGUACUCAUAAAAUCUUUCCAUCUAGCCUGGAGGCAGACAGAUAACUGUAUUCCAAACAGUUCCAAGUAUACUUCCGUGCAAGCAACAGGUUCCAAUGGCCUCCAAAUUGACCUUAACAUUGCCAACAGGGCAAAUUAUGCCUGCUUUGGGAUUCGGAACAUGGCAAGCAACAGAUGCAGAAUUGGAGGCAGCACUGACCGCAGCGCUUGAAGCAGGCUAUAGGCACAUCGAUACAGCACCUGUAUAUGAGAAUGAACAUGUAAUUGGCAAGGUGCUUCACAAGUGGCUAAGCUCUGGUAAAAUUAAGCGAGAUGAACUAUUCAUUGUAUCCAAGGUACCACCUAGUGGAAAUCGGCCUUCGGGGGUUGACAAGUGGAUCAAAAGGUCUUUGAAAGAUUUACAAUUGGACUAUUUGGAUCUGUAUUUGAUACACACACCAUUCAGCUUUGAAGAAGUCGGUGAAGAAUUGCACCCAGUGGAUAAGAAUGGAGAGAUAAAACUUGAUAAAAGCACAAACCAUUUGCAAGUAUGGGCAGAAAUGGAAAAACAGGUUGCAGCUGGUCGUACUAAAGCUAUUGGCCUUUCUAAUUUCAACAUGGAACAAAUUAACAAAGUCCUUACAGUGACAAAAGUGCCAAUAGCCAAUUUGCAAAUAGAGUUACAUGUCUACUUCCAACAGAGGGAAUUGGUUGAAUAUUGCAAGAAAAAUGGAAUCACAGUAACCGCUUAUUCACCGCUAGGGUCAAGAGGACUGGUGAAAUUAAUGGGAAAGGUAGACUCUCUACCAGAUUUGUUAGCCAAUCCUGUGGUUUUGAAAAUUGGUGAGAGAAGGAAAAAGACACCAGCACAGAUCCUUCUUAGAUACACUCUGCAAAGAGGAAUCGCUGCCAUUCCAAAAAGUACAAAUCCAGAGAGGCUAAAAAAGAACAUCGAUUUGUUUGACUGGGAAUUGACAGCUGAGGACACUGAUGAAUUGGAUGCGUUAGAUCAGGGUUCCUCUGCAAGAAUUUGUGAUUUUGGCUUCUUUAAGGGUAUUAAGAAUCAUCCAGAGUUUCCCUUUUGAAUAGACGUACAUUUCUGUCACAUUCAAUGUCUGACAUGUGAAUUAUAAAGGUGGACAGUCACUUGCUAUUGUAGCGAUCUUGCAGGUCGGAAUGUAGCAAAUAAAAUUACCUACUUAUCUCAA